AUGACGACAACUGCAAGCAAGCAGGAUGAUCCAACCUUGCCCAGCUGGGGUCCCUACAUUGCUGCCGAAGAGCACGCCCAUGACAGUGGAGUUGGCACCAGCAGCGGGCCGGCAUGCCAGUCGGAGCCUGCCACCCCCAGUGGGGUAGAGCUCAUCUACCACCUUAAUCCUCCGCCACUGCCGCUCCCACCCACAGCCUACAGCCACAGUGGAGAUAUGCAGGUGAUUGCGGCGGUGCCCGUUUAUUUCUGCUCCGCCAAUGGCCAGAGCACGAAGAAGGGCCGCAAGGCUGGCAAAGCCUUACCUACUGCUGCCGCUUCUGCUCCGACGCAAUUGCUGAGACUGCCGAAGAGGAGCCGGAAGAGUGGGCAAGAACCCACCAGCCAGGCGGCAGCUGCAGCGGCGGUGGCAGUGGCAGGCGGAGAAUUGAGGUUUGAAUGGAAGGACAGGGACGCCGGCCUAAGGCAGGUGGACUUUGAUGAGUCAACGAUGCCGCCACCAGUCUGUUCAUGCACGGGGAUGCCACAGCGGUGCUACAAGUGGGGAAGGGGCGGGUGGCAGUCUUCGUGCUGCACGCCGACAAUGUCCAUGUACCCGCUGCCGUUCCUGCCGGUGAAGCGGCACGGCCGAGUCGGCGGCAGGAAGAUGAGCGGCGGCGCUUUCACUAAGCUGCUCAGCCGGGCGGCGGCCGAUGGGCAUGACCUCUCCACCCCACUGGACCUCAAGGACCAUUGGGCUAAGCAUGGGACAAACGGCUGGAUCACCAUCAAGUGA